CCAUGGAGAAUGGGGCUGUAGCCUCUGCAGAAACUCUGAAGACAGACCCUGCUAUCGAACCAAGGUUCAAAGUGGUGGAUUGGGACAAGCUCCUGCUCCUCUUCUUUCCUGCCUGUCACUGCUACCCUGCCUGCCUGCAAUGGCCACCUGUCUCCCCUGUACUGGAGAAUAAUUAAGCCCCCACUGUAUGCCACACUCCAUGCUCACUCUGAUUGUGGGUGCUGGGGUGGGGCCCACCAGCUUCACAGAUGAGAGAAAUGGGGGCCCCCACAAGGACCUGGUGGACUGGAAGAAGCCUCUCCUGUGGCAGGUGGGCCACUUGGGAGAGAAGUACGAUGAAUGGGUCCACCAGCCAGUCACCAGGCCCAUCCGCCUCUUCCACUCAGACCUCAUCGAGGCUCUCUCCAAGACUGUCUGGUACAGUGUCCCCAUCAUCUGGGUGCCCCUGAUGCUGUAUCUCAGCUGGUCCUACUACCGAAUCCUCGCCCAGGGCAAUGUUCGACUCUUCACGUCAUUCACAACAGAGUACUCGGUGGUGGUGCCUGAGUCCGUGUUCCCCGGCCUCUUCAUGCUUGGCAUGUUCCUCUGGAGCCUCGUCGAGUACCUCAUCCACCGCUUCCUGUUUCACAUGAAGCCCCCCAGCGACAGCUAUUACCUCAUCACACUGCACUUCGUGAUGCACGGCCAGCACCACAAGGCACCCUUCGAUGGCUCCCGCCUGGUCUUCCCUCCCGUGCCAGCUUCUCUGGUGAUCGCCUUCUUCUACGUGCUCUUACGGCUCAUCCUGCCCGAGGCGGUGGGGGGCACUGUGUUUGCUGGGGGCCUCCUGGGCUACGUCCUCUACGACAUGACCCAUUACUACCUGCACUUUGGCUCGCCACACAAGGGCUCCUACCUGUACAACAUGAAGGCCCACCACGUCAAGCAUCACUUUGCACAUCAGAAGUCAGGAUUUGGCAUCAGCACUAAAUUGUGGGAUCACUUUUUUCACACCCUCAUCCUGGAUGAAGCCCACCCGAAGACCCAGUGACAACUCCCAGACCCUCUGUCCUGCCCUCAGCUGGGCCCUGGCCCCUGCCCGACCCCCACCCCCACCCCUCUUCCGGGCCCUGCUAAGAAGGUUGGCUUGGCCAGGCAGCCCUGGGGCUUGGUGGAGGGUGCCGAGAAGACCCUUUGGCAGGACUGCCCUCCUGACCCACCAUAGGGAGGGUCACGUCCACUUGGUGGCCAGAUGGCCCACAGGGACCAGCUCCUUCCUGGAGCAUCCCAGCCUAGAGCCUGAGCCCGCAGUAGCUUCAGGACCUGGCCAACAGUAGCAGCCCCACAGGGAGUGAAGGAAACUGACCCCUGGGGCCAUGCCUGUUUCCCCACUAGGCCUUAGCACCUCGGGCUCCCUAGGAUCUUCCCCACAUGGUGGAGCUACCAAUAUUCACAUCAAGGAGCAUGGUCUGUGGGGCCCGUGGUCUCUCCCCCGUCUUCUGUCUCCCCCUCCUGCCCUUCCUGGGGAGGGUUUGGUGGCUUUGAGGUGGAUGAAAGGCUCUCACAAGAAAAGACAGCAUGAUGCCUCCCACAGGCCACCCCCAGACCCCGGGGCAGCCCCUCUGUCCCCUGCCAACACAGAUGCCAGCUGUACUGCCCACUGCCUCAGGCUGCGAUAUACCCAGUGCUCACACAGCAGCCUUCACCUGCCUGUGCAGUUGGGCCAAGGGUGGCUAGCAUCAUCUCGAGGCUGGCAGGAACCCCAGCCCCUUUCUUUAUGAACUGCCAGCUGCUCUAGCCAUUCCCCCUGCCUCCAGAAUCACAAAGCUGCUCCCCAAAGGAGGCUAAAAAGGCCUUUCCAUGGGCGGGAGCCCCAGCCCAUCUCCAGCCAUUCUUGGCCUCCACCUGGCACAGGUGGGCACCCCCCCACCAAGACCCUCCCAGCAAGUGCCUCCUGAAGCCGAGGAGCCUUCACGCAGUGCCUUAUCUCCCCCUCUGCUUUCCUGCCUCCCUCCCCGCACCCCAGACCCCGCAGAUGAGGUUCCCAUCCCUUCCCCCUCGUAACCAAAACCCUCACUGCUCUGAAGAGGGUCUUAUUUAUAAACGAUAGAAACGUUCUGUCUGACCCCAGACCAAGUAGCCAGUCGGACAACGCUUUCUAAUGCUACGUGUUGAGCUUAUGUAAAAAAUCGUUCCAUUCUUACCCACACCAUUACUACUUGAAACUUUUUAAAAACUCACUGAACGUAAAGACUAAGAGAAGCAAGUUGACUGAUCUUGUGAUUUGUACUGUUUACUGCGGAGCUAUUUAAAGAUUUUGGAAUAUACAAAAUAAAUAUACAGUUGUGAAAUAAAGAUAAAUAAAUUGUA